AUGCCCUUCAGUGAGGUCUCAGUCCGUCGUCCGGGGAGCGGAGUUGGGCCCCAGUUCCUGCGCUGGGGUCCUGUCUGGGCCAGGGUCUUCCCCGCAGUACCUGACCGAGAAGACCCAUCCCAAGCUCGGGCCGGAGAAAGAGCAAGACCUGGGUGGGGGCGGCUCUGCGGGCAAGUUGCUGGCGGAGGGGUGGGGGUCGCGCCUGUCCCGGCUCCUGAGACGGGGAAAAGGCAGGCCGAGCGCUGGGCCCGGCUGCAGCCGCCCCGGCCCACACCCACCCCUCCGUCUGGGUGCGGCCCCCGCCGGCCGGAGGCGAGGACGCCACAGGGGCGCCCCCCACGCCCACGCCCCGCCGCGCGGGGGUCCGAGGACCCGACGGGCGGUCGCGCGCCCCCUCGGCCCGGCCGGCCGCGCCUCUCCCCGCCGGGCGCCGGCGCGCGCUCACCUGCCGGCCCGCUCCGCUCCGCGCGGCUCCCGCUCCUGCCGCUCCGCCGCCCGAGUGGCCGCGCCGCCGCGGGCCGGAUCGCGCGGUGCAGGCGGGGGCGGCAGAGCGGCCGCAGGCGCCCCCCGCUGGCCGCCCAGCCCAGCCCCGAGCCCGCGACCUCGCGGUCGGGAGGGAGCGCCGCGUGCCGCCACCCUGCCCGGUUUCCCCCAGAAACGCUGAAAACGCGCAGACAUCCCACGGCCGGCGCCCGCCUGCUCACGCGGCUGUGGGAGUCGGCGGCCAGGCGCCCUGGGAACGCGGGCAGGAAAUAA